CGACGUGUUUGUAUCUCAAAACCGAGAAAGGGCAUCUGUUUACAUUUGCUUGAUAACACCAGGUAAAGAAAUUGCUAUAACAGUUCUUUACAACUAUUGUAAGAAUGGAAAAAAAAACAAUAGCGGAGAUUCGAUGAAAGUUUGUUUUGUUUAACGACACAACUAGAGCACAUUAACCGUCGGCUAUUGGAUGUGAAGAUUCGACGAAGUUUAAUACAUCAUAUGUUAUACGUGAACUUUAUGACAACCUAACGGGACACGUAAUGUCCUGAAUGGUAUAAGACACAUUUUUAUUUAUUUUUUUAGUGUUUUUUUCUCUUUUUUUUUCUCUUCAGCAGGCCACAAUGGAUUCCAAUUCGUCUAUAGAUAAAUACAAAUUCCUGGACCUACUGAAGGAUGACUACCUCUACAUCUGCAUCAUGUCGUUUCAGAAAGCGAUCAUCCCGAUCGUCUGCUUGAUCGGGACUUUCGGAAACCUGCUCUCCAUCAUCGUUCUCCUGGGGAAAGUGCUGCGUGACAAGUCGUGCUGUGUAUACCUGGCCGCUAAGUGCAUCGCGGACACGGUGUUCCUUGUGGCGCUGUUCGUUGUUUGGCUGGCCCGCGUUGACGUGCAUCUGUUCAACCUUCACGGCGUCUGUCAGAUGGUCAUCUUCAUCACGUACAUCUGCGGGUUUCUCUCCGUGUGGUGCAUUGUGUUCAUAACGCUGGAGAACUACAUUCGAAUCGCGCACUUCACGCGCGUGCCGCAGUUGUGCAAGCCGGACAUCGCCCGCGGAGUGAUUCUAGCCAUGUGCCUUGUCUCCGUGGUAAUCUACAACUUCCCACUGUGGACUGCGGGGAGUAUUCAGAUGAACGGAACAGCCAAAUGCGUAAUGCUCAAGGAAUACGUGGCGAUCAACAAAGGGUUAACGUACAUGGACACGGCCGUGACCCUCGUUCUGCCGUCCUUAGUCAUCAUCACGCUGCUCGUCGCCAUCAUCAUGAAUAUUUAUGAGUGUUACAAGAAGCGGAAGCGACUCCGCCGGCUCGGACGCCAUGACGCCAUGGUGUUUCUGUGCGACAGUCCCCACAGCCGCGUCACGAAGAUGCUGUUUGCCGUGUCCAGUGUGUUCAUAUUACUGCACACGCCGAGUCAUGCCAUCAGGAUAAGACUCAUCAUCAUGUUCUUCCUCAAAGCAGACGGUCUAAAAAUAGACGAGUUCAGACUACAGCGCGUCUUCGAACUCUUUUACUACGCCAACUUCUCGCUCAACUGUUUCAUAUAUCUGUGUUUUGGCAUCACAUUCCGUCACAUCUUCUGUUCGACGUAUCUAAAAUCGUGCCUUUCGUACAAAGCGAAACGAAAAAUACACCGGCACUUGAAGAAUAUUAUUCAGGAAAAUCAGCUGGAGAAGAAGAAUGGCGUCACGAUACUCUACUCUAACGAGACGAUUUGGGAAAAAGUGACAGACAACCGAGAGAGUGUCAACCACAUAGAGUUGUCGUCUGUGGGAGAGGUGCAGAGCGCUUCACUGUAGCCCCAACAACCUUAUUGUUUCGCGCGUACUACAUUAACAUGUUGAUUGUUUGUGAUUUGUGUGUGCUGUGUGUGCUGUGUGCUUUGAUCACACGUGCAUUUUAUGACAUGUUAAUUUGUGUAUUAUUACAACAUUAAGCGAUCAAUCUAGAUCUAUUUACAAAUGACUCAAUAUUUAUUUUAAGGA